CAUUUAGCGUUGCUGCGAAGCUUCCCUUUCUUUCGAAUUUCGCUCUCUCGCUCGUCGUUGCGAGGUCUCUCUUCCUCUCUCUAAGAUCUCCCUGGGACUUUCUUCAGAGGUAACGCAGGAUGGGGCUGACUUUCACCAAACUCUUUAGUCGGCUUUUUGCCAAGAAGGAGAUGCGAAUUCUGAUGGUGGGUCUUGAUGCCGCUGGUAAGACCACCAUUUUGUACAAGCUCAAACUUGGAGAGAUUGUGACCACCAUUCCUACUAUUGGGUUUAACGUUGAGACUGUGGAAUACAAGAACAUUAGUUUCACCGUGUGGGAUGUUGGGGGUCAAGACAAGAUUCGUCCAUUGUGGAGACACUACUUCCAGAACACACAGGGUCUUAUCUUUGUAGUCGACAGCAAUGACAGAGACCGAGUUGUCGAGGCUAGGGACGAACUCCACAGAAUGCUGAAUGAGGAUGAGCUGCGUGAUGCAGUGCUUCUUGUAUUUGCCAACAAGCAGGAUCUUCCAAAUGCUAUGAACGCCGCAGAAAUCACCGAUAAGCUUGGCCUCCAUUCCCUCCGCCAGCGUCACUGGUACAUCCAGAGUACAUGUGCCACGUCCGGUGAGGGGCUAUACGAAGGUCUGGACUGGCUGUCCAACAACAUUGCGAACAAGGCGUGACGAGAGAGAGGGAGAGAAAGAAGGUUGGCUGGCGAUUCUAUCUAAAUUGUUUUGUUUCUUUCAUCUGUUGCUGUUUCGAUUGCGUGGCUUUUUGUGCAAGUGUCUUUGUAUGUAGGCAGCCCCUUUUUCAUUGUUGCUAUAUUGUAAUUCUAAGAACGGGUUUUGAUGAAUGUACGUGUUAGUUUAUGGGUUUUGGCAAAA